CCGUCUCGAUUUGCCAUCCGCAAAAGGGGGAUUGCUGUCACAGAACCUGGCAACCUCACUGCUCAUACGUACCCCAACUAUAAAACAAGCGGAGCAUCUUCUUCGGUUGGCUAAGGCUAGGAUAACCAACUUUCUUUCCCAGUCAGUCAGUCCAUUUGAAGUGAUCCCAACACAACCAAAGAUAAUGACAAUGACCUGACCGAUGCACCGCUGCAGUGUCUGAGGAUCACUUUUGGAGGUUGGAUCAUGAAUGAUAAACUGGUCUUCCUUGGCCUGCUUUACUUUGUCCAGGGCAUCCCCUAUGGUCUCCAGUCUUCCUUGCUUCCUGUCUUCCUGCGUGGAGCUGGUCACUCCCUCACCCGCAUCGGUUUCACCAAGAUCCUCUACUUCCCCUGGGUCCUCAAGGUGUUCUGGGCCCCUUUGGUGGACCGGGUCGGCACCAAGCGUCGCUGGCUGGUGGGCACAGUUUCUGGCCUGGCUCUGACAUGCCUCUCCAGUGCUGCCUUGGCCCCGGAAGCACAUAUCUGGGGAGUAGCAGGAACCCUGCUGGCCAUGAACACCUUGGCCUCCGUACAAGAUAUUGCUGUAGAUGGGGCCGCGGUGGGGUUGUUGAAAGGUCGCGGGGAGCUGGGGCUUGGCAAUACAGCCCAGGUCGUGGGCUAUAAAGCUGGAUCUGUGUUUGCUGGAGGGGGGCUGCUGGCUGUGAUUGACGUGGCUGGAUGGAGCUGGAUGUUUAUGCUGCUGACGUUUGUGUACGCGGGCGUGGCUCUGUUUGUGUGGGGGGCCCCUGUGCUGGAUGAUGAGAGUUUGAGGGGCCAGCAAGCAGAUGGCAGCAGGAGGGGAGGGCAGGGAGCAGACGCCAUGAGGCCAUGGAGGGUGUGGAGGAAGCUGCUGGCAGUGCCUGGCACCCCUUGGACAAUCCUGUAUGUGCUGACAUACAAACUAGGUGAGCAGGGUGCCGUGACCAUGUUUCCUCUUUUCCUGUUGGAUCAUCACAUGACCGCCAGGGAGCUCGGCUUCUGGAAUGGCGUUAUCGCCAUGGGCUUCUCCAUCUGUGGGUCGUCCCUGGGAGGCCUGCUGCUCGCUCAGUUCAGCAUCGGGGCUCUGAUGCGACGCGUGUUUGUAUUGCGAACCAUCAGCAUGGUCUUCCAGAGUUCUCUGCUCACUGUACUGGAACCAUCACCACUCAUGAAAGGCAUGGCCGUCCUGAGCAUGAGUGUUCAGCACUUCCUGGGCGGUCUCAUCACCACGCUCACCUUCACUACCAUGAUGUAUUGCACUCAGAGGGCCGAGGAAAGCAUUCAGGCGACCCACUACAGUUUCCUGGCAACUCUGGAGGUGCUGGGGAAGCUGAUGUUCAGCGCUCUGGCCGGAGGCAUGGUGGAUUGGUUUGGUUUCCAAGUGGCCUUCCUCUUCUUCCUCACCCUCUCCGCCGGGACAGCAUUGCAUGUGUGGACGGCUACCUUCACUGGUGCUCUCAGGGAACACCAGCUCAAAGAACAGCCCAAGUGAGAUCAGGAUGAGGGUGACAAGUCCUGAUUUGGGGCAUCUGCUGGUGCUGAAAAUGUGUUGGAAUAACUUGAGUUUGACCACCAGUAUUCAGACACCUCAAAAGUCUUUGAAUUAAAUAUACUACACUCAUGACUUCAACACAUCAUUUCAGUAUAGGAGAUCUUGAAUAAGUUGACUUUCCUCUUCUUCCGCCAUUUUUUUUAAGGAGAAAUCAGCCAUGCGGUUAAGUACUCUGUUCCAGAGUGUUUUUUUGUCAUUUCACUGGCAAAACUGGCCUUACAUUUGAUUUAUUUUGCAUUUGAAAUAUCCGGAAAGUCUUAAUAUUUACAGUAACGUGAUGAAACUUGCAGAUAGUGUGUAAGUAAGGACGAGCAAUUUGAGUUUGCUGUGUUGAGUUUUUUGGACCGGAUGGGACUGGUGCAUCCAGUCAGUGUGAUGAAUUGAUGUGGUUUAGCUUGUCAGGCAGUGAUGUACAGUCAGACUGUAUUAAGAGUUGAGAAGUACUUCUGGAAAAAUAAUCAAAGCUGUUUUUUAAAUCAUCUGAGCCAUUUUAAUGUGAUAAUAAGCCAGCAAUAAGAGCUGUAGCCAAAAGCAAUAUCACUACUUUGUGAUGCUUGUUUGAUCACAUUGUGCUGUACAUGUUCGUCGGUCUCUUGAGUUGGAUUGUUUACACUUAUAAAUGAAUUAAUCUCUACUACCUCGUAUCAGCACUGUAUGGUAUGAUACACAGGAGGUGAAUGUACAGGAGCUGCACCAAGUAGAGUCACUCAUUCACAAUAAAUAGUUGCAACUUAUACGCUAUGUUACCUGAGCAACAACAGUUAACCAAAGUAGGUUUGUAGUUACUGCGACUGUUUCUUUUUAGAAAGGUGAAUAAACAUGCAGUUCAGCUGUUGAAUGAGGAGCAUUUAUUCAGUUUAAUUAACCACAGAUUUUCAGAGUAAAAUCCCUUUCCCUUUGGAAAAGAACCUUGACAGCUUACUUCUUGUAGGAAACCCCAGCCUUACACACUGUCUCAGUUUUUCAAUCAAGAAUCAGACUAGACGACUUAGACCAAUACCAAUGGCAAAUUGCAGUUUUUGAUAAAGUUGUUUCUUUUACUUUUGUGUUUUAUGUUUGAAAAAUGUCAACAAAAUAUGCUGUAACUCUCUGUGGUACUGUAUACUAAUUUUCUCUAGGCUCAAAAUAUAAACGAAACAGCUGCUAUGUGGGAAAAUGUAUUGCUAGAAAUUAAGUCUUAAAUUGAUAAGGGAGACAGAUAAGUCAGAAGGCAGCGGUCUAAGCAAAUUAACCCAAAAUAAUUUUUUUUUUAAAAACAGCUGCUUUCACCCACAUAAUAAAUAAAGGGAUGCCAUACCACAUCAUUACUGGUUCAUCCACGUAGCCAGAGAUUUGCACAAAAAAUAAAGCUGCUGAGUGAAUCUU